GCCGGCUCCCGCAAUAGCCUGCAGCUCAGUCCCUCGUCGUCGUCCUUAGCCUCCACAUCCACGCUCUCUCCGCCAUGAAGAUCGUCGCCAUCGAGUUGCUGCGCCAGGACGGCCAGGGUCAGGACCCGACCAUCCUGUCGGCGGGCUUCGAAGUGUCGUCCUUCGGCUACUUCCAGCGCUCGGGAGUGCGGGAGAUGAUCAACUUCUUCAGCCGCACGUUCGUCAAGCGCACGGAGCCCGGCCAGCGGCAAUCGAUCCAGCACGAGGAGUACAACUGCCACGUGUACGUGCGUCGCGACGGGCUGGCGGGCAUCGUCGUGUGCGACCAGGAGUACCCGCCGCGCGUGGCCUUCGCGCUGCUCAACAAGCUCAUGGACGAGUUUGACAAGACCAACAGUGGCUGGAAGACGCAGUCCGGCUCCCCGCAGGAGUUCGCGCCGCUCACCACAGCCCUGGCCGAGUACCAGGACCCGUCCAAGGCUGACAAGAUCUCGGCCAUUCAGAAGGAGCUAGACGAGACCACCGCCGUGCUGUCCAAGACGAUCGACAACGUGCUGGAGCGCGGCGAGAAGCUGGACGACCUCGUGUCCAAGUCACAGGACCUCAGCAGCCAAUCCAAGGUCUUCUACAAGCAGGCCAAGAAGACCAACUCGUGCUGCGUGGUCAUGUAAGAACUGUCGAUUUUUCGCUUCCCCGUCUCACCAUCGAUCGGGCCCCCCUACAGAUGCAUUCUCUCCCUGCUUGUUGGUACAUUUUAAACAAAGAAAAUGCUUUACUGCAGUACGCUCUUCACUGAAGACUCCUCAGGGCUGACACACAGCUCCGCCCUGCACACUAGCAAAAUGAGUCUACUUCCGCUUCGGAGAAGCGGUGGUGGCAGCUUUCCGCCGCGGUCGCAGCGAGCGCUUAGCGGGUUUGGCCUUCCCCUUGGUUUGCGUAGAGGGCGCGGGUGCUGCAUCGCUGGACUCGUUCCCAGCUUCGUCCUCGGCAUUCUCAGCACUGCUGUGCUUUCGUUUCGAGACCCUCCUUGGCUCGCUGUGCACGCUAUCGUUAUCACCAGCUCGAGAGCUUCUGCUAUUGGUCUCUGAAAGUUCGUCGCCACCUACAGCCACAAGAAUUCAUCAAUAUCGCACACAUGCCCCGAUUGACAGAACGAAUACCACGUACUGUCAUCGUCUUUGGCAGCGGAAUUUUUCCUCAAGUUGUGACCCCUGCCAUAGUGCGUAUUCCUGUGCGUUCUGGAGGUCUUGUGGUUGCCGCAUGUGGGGCAGGCGUCAGUUGAGUUUCCAGGACCUGAGAUUCCAGCGUUAUCG